UCUUGUUCAGGUGUGCUGGGCGUUGUUUAUGAUUGGGUCCUUGCUUGGUUCUGGCGCGGUCUUACUUUGAUGGGGCGGAAACGAAAGAUGGCCUUCUGUAGAGGAUUACCCGAACUCGAGAUCGGCCUCCGCCGAUUCCAUUCCUGAUCCGCCUUUCCAACCAAUACCAAUCCGAUCCCGAUUAUUGAAACCCUGAGUCUCUGAUACGAAGCCGAUUCUGAAACGGAAUUGAAUUGCGAUCGAUCUCAAGUCUGCAAGCAAGGUUAUCAUGUUGACCAGGUAAGGACAAUCGUUCCUCCAAGGUUUAAAACCAGCAAUUGUGAUCUGGAUUGGUUAGGAUUGGUGAGUUGAGGCCUCAAUUCUCCAUCGAUGCUGAUGGAUCCUCUUCAGAAGUCAUUCAAUACCCACAAGCAGCAAAAAGAAGAAUUUGUGAGCAACCUGUCUGGCUCUUCCAUGAUUGAAACUUCUGCGCUUUUGACGAUUAUAACUGUUCUGACACUUUUGCGGCAUUCUAUCAGCUUCAAAGGACUAACAGAUUCCUCAAGUACUGUUAGCACAUCGAAGAAAAAUGAUGAAAAUGUUAUUCACAAAGAUUGGAAGGUCUACAUGGUCACGCUGGUCGUGGAUUUUCUCUUCAUUGUUGUUCCAAUGCUUUUAUUUUUCACCGUCCUAGCGGAAUGGGUAAAUAUAAGUGCCAUUUUCCUUACAUUGCUGCUUCUUAUCUGCAUUGCAGCCAAAAGGUUUUGUUAUUGUUCUCCUUGCCCAAAGGAAGGGCUCCAACUUGUAAAUUCUUUGAGGACAAGUGUUUCAUCAUAUAGAGUUUUAACAAUGAUCAUAACGUGUGUAUGCAUAUUGGCUGUUGACUUCAAAAUAUUUCCUAGAAGAUAUGCUAAGACAGAGACUUUUGGUACUAGUCUGAUGGAUCUAGGGGUAGGAUCGUUUGUGCUAGCAAAUUCUCUGGUUUCAAGACAAGCACGAAGAGUUUCAUCAAGGAGUUGGAAGGUUGCUGUUCAAUCUAUAAGUCCGCUGAUCUUGCUGGGAUUUGGUCGGAUUAUUUUUACGACAGGCGUAGAUUAUCAG